AUGACAACGAGCCUUGAAGAUUUCCCUACGGAACUUUUCUAUUCGAUUUUUGAUUUUUUUUGGGCGCAUGAGUUGUUUUAUUCAUUUGCAAAUUUAAAUACACGCAUUGAUGGCAUUAUUCUUCAUAGUCAAUUGCAUAUAUCAUCCGAGAAUCAAAAUAUAAUAUAUUCUCCGAAUCGUGUUUUAUCAUUGUGGCUGACGUCAUCGCCCAUAUGUCUUGAAGAAUUUACUAACAUUCGCACAUUGACAUUAACAAAAUCUAAUCUCGAUAAUCUUGUUCAACUUCCACCGCAACUUUCGCGUUUAUGUAUUGAGGAUGCGAAUUUAUCUUCAGCAAAUAUUAAACUCAUUUUUGAAAGUCCAACAUUGAUCAAUGUUCAAUUGAAAUUACAUCAUAAAUUAAGUUUUUUCCCAUCAAUAUUGAUGGUCAAUAAAGAUUUCAGUAAUAUUGAAUAUUUAACAAUUAAUUACAUUUCAUUAAAUGAUAUUAUAGAAUUAUUACAAUACACAAGAAAAUUAAAAUAUCUUCACAUAUCGCUUUUUGGAAUUGAUAAACGGAGUAUAACAAAUUUUUCUUCAAUCCCGACUGUUACACGUCUUAUCUGUCUUUCCAUGGGUAUAUCAUUUGACAUAUUAUGUUCACAAUUUCUGUCUGUUUAUUUUCCUAAUAUUCAGUGCCUUUCAAUUUUUACUUCAUACGUCGAUCAAAAUUUGUUCAUUAAUUCUCUUGAGCAAUUGUUAAUGAAUAAUUUAUGUUUUGUAAAGAAGUUAAAUAUUAGUGCUCAAUUUAUUCUCAAUCGAACAUUAACAAAUAAUAACGACAAUAAUAUUGAAACAAUGUCUUCACGUUUUCGGACUGCCUUCUGGAUUAAACGAAAUUGUCGUGCAACAUUUAAAUUUUGUAAUGAUGAUCCGCAUAUAAUUCGCCUUUAUCUUCAAACAAAUAAAAGGAUACAAGCACGACCGUCACGAUUUUUGAUAUAA